AUGCAAAUCGGACUACUGUCGUACGUGUCGUUGGCGCUGCUGUUGCUGACCAACACCAACUCCUUCUCGGCGGAGGCGUUCACGGUCGAGGGCAUCAUCCACACCAUCGACGAAUACGCGCAUUCCCAAAACACCAAGAACGCCACGCUCGCUGCCUCGCUGUUUGCCGACAACGGAAGCGCCACCAUUCCGGCCGGAGCCACCGGCACGACCGUCGUCGGCCGUCAAAACAUCCGCAAGCUCUACGAGGGCGUGUUCAGUCAGUUCGGUCCCGUUCGGUUGACGGCAGUAUCGCCCAUAAUCGUGAACGGUUUCACGGCGGCAGUGCUCAAGGCACUAUCCACGACCGUGGGCAAGUGUUUGGUGCAGGUGGAGGUCGCUGGCUGGUUCACCUUCACGGGCACCAGACAUGGGGAUCUGCCCUACAUCUCUUCUUUCUCCGUGCUUUACAACACCACCAGCUUCGACGAACAAGCCAACUGUGGACAUCACCAAAGUUUGCUGCAUUAA